AUGGCGUAUCGCAGCGGCUCGUGUGGCUGCCGUCCGAAGCUCCCCAGUACGGCGGCUGCAUGGCGCUACGUUGGUUGGGCCGGCGGAUGCGUUAGUGCUAUGGUGCAAGCAGAAAGCCCUGCUAUGAUGGGGCUGCAAGCUACUGCGAGUAAGCGGAAGCUGGAGUAUGACAACAAGUGCCCCUCCAAAGUGGUGCGACUUGAAGAGAGUGCUCGAGAAGCUGCUGUUGAGGACUGGCAUAUGGACAACAGCACAAGUUCAGUUUUAGCAUCAUCACUGCUAGGAGCAGCAUCUGCUGUUGCUGUGGUUGAUGAUGAUGAUGAAGAGGAGGAAGACGAGGAGGACGAAGAAGAGGAUGAGAAGAAUGGGAAGUACCUUCCAGCAGGCCGGGGUUAUCAGUGUGCACGAUAUGGUGGUGCGGACAUGUCACCUGCGUGUUACUCUCACCCUGUUGACUUGAAACCUAUGCCUACAUACUAUGGGGCAAGUGAGGAGCAGGGUUACUCUGGGGCAAGUAUGUCCCAGUAUAACUCCAGGCCGCAGCAGCAUUAUGCUACCACUGCUAGAAAUGUUCCUCAGUAUUGGGGUGCAUCUGCAGUGAAUGAUGGGGGUAGUGAAUACUACAGCCAAGAUUCAGGCUCCCAACAAACUAUUCGUUGUGAUGAAAAUGGGAAGUCCUAUCUAGACCUUGGUAGUUCAAGUGCAAGAUAUGUGAACAGUGCUGUGAGUAAUAAUAACAGUGGUGCAUCACCUGAUGUACAAAAGUGCUGUGAUGGUAGUAGAACUAGCUGGUGUAACCAGGGACCUAAUGCGGCUUGCUAUCGUCAGAGAAGACUCGCAGUGCUCAAUAUUUCUAUGUGUAAACUGGGACGUUAUAGACAAUUCCCUGAUCCUAGCUUGCAUCGUUCAGUUCUCAUUUGCAAUACGUUGAGGUAUAUUGAACGGGAAAUGGAACAAGAGGGAUUCUUUUUCAAUAAUGCUAAUAGUGCAAUACAGACUCCACCUCCUCCGGUUCCACCUCCAGCUCCAACACCUCAUCCACCCAUUGAGCCAGAACCAAGUUAUCAUUCACAGUUUCCAGAAGUGCCUGCUCCUAACAUGAGCUACUCUUCUUCUCAUUACCGCCUAGCAAGUCCUGUAAAUGAAAUUGUACCGCCAUAUGAGCAGAACUUACGGGAACUAUCUUCAUCUGGUCGUGCUACUCCAUUUCCUGGAGUGAGCCAUUCUUCAAAUUAUGAUACUGAUUCUGGCAUGGGGGAUGAGGAAUCGGGAAGAGGUAUUAACUGGGGUUCUGUGCUUAGUCUAUCAAGUCAAUCAGAUCUGGAUCCACUCAACAACAACGAGCUGUACCCUUCAUCACCAUCACAUUCAUCGUCUUCGUCAAUGGGACUGGGCCCCUCUGAUAACAAUUCUCUAGGACUCCUUGGAGACAUGGACCUUGGCCACGAAUUUGAUGAUUUCCUGCCCAGUUGGAAACUGACUCCACUCAGUGCUGAUGAUAUCCUCAAGUCCGUCCCAUCGUCUGAGCUAGGAGGACGACAAGGGGAAGGUGAAUUGGACAGCAUUAUGCACGUGUUAGUCGGAACAUAAUGAGAAAUGUGCAGGCACAUAGCUGAGCCAUAUCUACACAAUAUGGACUAGUUUUGCCUGGCCAUUUUAUUCGUCCAAACAGUUAUUGAUAAUGUCAUCGAACUUCUGUGAGGUUACCGGUCAGUUGAUUGAUCUUCAUGUGCUCAGGUUGUGAAGGACUGUCGAAGGGUCAAAUUUUCUGUAAAUCCAUCUCGACAGUCCAUGGUCCUUUGUAGUUAAUUUACCUUAGACCUAGACUAUUUGGUGAUUGCAUAUUUGAAAUCUUACCUGAAAAGUCAUUUCUUCAACUCAGUCGCCUUACUUGCAAUGGCAGGAGGCUACUAGCUUAAUAGCCAUAGGAAUUGCAACUAGAUCAAUUCUUCUGAACAAAUUAGGUAAUCUAUUUUCUAAAAUUAUUUCUUCACGUUCUGUCCUAUGUUCAUAUGAUACUAUAUGUUAUUUUACUGAAAAUUUUACAGCAAUGUCAAAAUAUGAAGGGAUUAUACUAAGAUUUUUAUUUUCAUGCAAUUUGCAGUUGUGUGAAUUAGGUGCUCAAAUCAUUAUAAAAAUGCUCAAAACAAUAAGUAUUUUAUUGUAUUAUCAUUCAGCAUUUCAAUUUGAACGUAAAUGUACUGUUGCCAUCUUUUGUAACUUGUUGCCAUGUUUGAGUUUUUAAUGUACAUGUAAUAACAGCAGCAUUUGAUUUAAAUACUCCUCCUGCUGUAUGUUUGCAAGUUAUCAUUAAAUGACAUCAUAGAGUAUAUUUUUUGAAGGAACAUAAGGUGCAUGUGGUUGGCUGGUGUAAGUUUUCCAAUAUUCAGACCUAAGCCUACCACUUAGUGGACAGUUUACUUGUACAUAAGAUCAGGAUUAUUCUGUACUGUUUAGAGUAGAUUCUUUUUGUACCUUGGAAUUAUCUGUUUUAAAUGCAGCUAGUUGUCCUGCAUACAUUUAGUCUCUCAAAUUGGCAUACUGAGUGACCUAUAAUAAAGGAUCAUUGAUAAAAUACGAAUCCACACCUAAUUAAAGAUCUUUGUUAGUUCUUUUGUUGUUUGUUAUGGAAAUAAAUAUUUCCACUUCAUUAAUUAUUCAUGUUACUCCGAGGUUACUUUUUAUUUUUUAUAUAAAACUAGACUGUUCUAUAGUACAUAUUGAUCUCACUGUAAAGUACUUGCAAUUGAUAUUGGACAGAUAUUUUUUAUAAUGGUAUGCAGAAGGAAACUGGUUAUCAAAUGUAAUCCCAAGGUUUCUCAUAGUAUCUAAACAGUAUGAAAUACUCCGUAUGUUCCAUGACAAAUGGACAUAUAUGUAAUAUAAAGAGGUAUUCCUUUAAUUUUGGUUUAGGCAGCCACCAAGGCAGAGAGUUGGGCAUUACUGCUCAGUUUUCUCUCCUCUGCUGUAAAUAUGUGUAUGUAUGCAAGGGUCUUGUAUAAUGUAAAUAGUAGUAUAAAGCAUAUAUUAUAAAAAGUAUAUUAUCUAUAUAAAUAUAUUUUGAUGCCCCCAGGAGGAUGAAGCUGCCCAUUGAUAAUAUUUUGAGUAUCAAAACAAAGUCUAGUCCACUAAAACGUCUUAAUAAACUGUCAAAGCGUAAGCUGAGGAACAGAAAACUGAGAUACUAACCAACUCCCCAGUCUGUCUGGUUGUCACUUAUGAUUAUAGAGUAUUAAUUCUAUAUUAUGAAAUAAAGGUUAUGUCACAGUUUUACAAGUAGCUAAUAUUCUGUGUAGCUCAGGAUACCAUUAUGAAUGUUUUCACUUUCAUCCACCUUAAGCUCCAAGUGCUCCAACUAUUUCUUAUUGCAAACGUACCUGUGUACAUUUUAUCCUAAAUGAAUAUAAUUGCAAAGAAAGGAUAAUUUUGUCUUAUAAACAAAAAUCAAUAGUAUCUCAAAGAAUUUAAUUGAAGAAAACUAAAGUGUUGGUUUGGAUUUUAGAAAGAAAUGGUAAUGAAAUUGGAGCUUUAGUGGUGCCCUUCAAAAGAUAAAGUGGAAAAAAUGAGAAAUGAUUGUGCUGUGAUAUUGUCGUGUACAAUUGUUACAAUUAAUACAUUGGCUGCUGAUGUUAGUUUAGAUAAAACUGAAAAUCUUUAUCUGUUGGGAAGAUGUGAUCAAUUUGCAAUAAAUGAAUCAUGUUACACUCAUGCAUAAUUGGUGAAAUUCUUUAUGAUCAGGAACUUUUGUUACUGAAUGUCAGCAAAAACAUUUCCCUAUGCUUGAUGUUACAAUAAUGAUCUUAUAAACAGCAACUAAACCUCUUGGCAGUGAUUUGUCUUAAAAAAUGUUUAAAUGACACACAUUGAGCUCCAAGUUCAUAAAUUAAUGCAACAUUAGUAAAUUUUGACAGGUUCUUCUGAAAUAAGAAAUGAGCACAAAUGGUUGUGUAGUAGCUGUGGUAUGAAAUACCAUAUUUGUCUUAUAGUAAUGUGUCAAACCUCCCAAGAAAUUGAAGCAAAAGCAGUAAUUGAUUUUUUCCUUUGCAAUUUUAGUAUAUGACAGCAAGUUUUGGAAUUGAACACUGACCACUUGUCAAAAAAAGCAAAAUCAUGAUUCUAAUGUAGCACAAAACCUGUUAGUAGCAAUGUUGUAUUUCAUAUUUGUAACAGAAAUUAUGACCAAAUCUUGGCUCUUUUUCAGAUGUCUAAAAACUCUUGUUCUUGUCAUCUAAUCAGGUUAAAUUAUGGAACAAUAACGUACAAUCAUUAGUGCUAAUGUAUGGAAAAUUGUUAUUUUCAUGUCUUUUUAUAACAAACCAAAAACUAUGGAAAAAAAAUUGUUUGACUGAAUUUUAUAAGGUUUCCCUUUUAUGGCAGUGAUCCAAUUUCUCAAGAGAAAUGGGUAUGUACUAAUUGGCAUCUUAUCUCUAAAUGGGAAAAAAUAUGAGAACUAUUACUUACCAUAUGCCAAAUCCUUACCAUCUCUUGUCAAAUUAUGCAUCACAAAUGCCACCACUCCCUUUUAUGUUCUAGUAAUGUAAUUUACUAAUGGUAUCCUGGUCAAGGGCUCAUCCUGUUUUUGAAAGCCAUGCCAAGGAACUCUAAAUUUUAAUACUUGAAAGUUUCAUUUUAUACUGUUAAGAUCAUUCAAUGAGGAACUUCAUGAAAAAUAUCUAUUACCUGUUAACAUACUACACCCACUUAAGUUUCUUGAAAGAAAUGACCAAUAAGGGACCUCACCUGUUCUGUUUUAUGUGAAAAUCUCAAAUGAAAUUUCAAGAACAGGAUGUGAAAAGAAAUUAUGGCAUUAAUGUACAAACAUUUGUAUAUUUUCAAAGCCAAAGAUAUUUUAUUGGAUUAGGGAGAGUGGCAACUAACAUAUAAAGAUACUGUGCUUUAUAAUUAAUAGUUUAUUAUUGAAUUAGAUAUAGAUGUAUUUAUUCAAAUGCUGUGAAUAGAUACA